AUGAUCCUCCAAAUUGGCCUAGACGAAGUCACUAAACAAUUACAUGAAGAAACUGCUAUCUGGGAGAAGAAGAAAGAAACCGUCCAGCGCUGGGGCGAACCUAUUGAGAUGCAAGGAUCUUUAGCUCCUUUAGCCGGGCAAAGAGUAACACCCUCCUAG